UACAAGAAACAACCAAAUUAUGAUGGGUAUUUUUUCAAAUUCAUAUCUACUUGUAGUUUCAUUAUUCAUUUUCUCAGUCUCAUUUGGAACUUUAUCAACAACCUCAGAUAUUCAUGAAAAUUUUCUCCAAUGUCUUUCGCUGAAUUCUCAUACUUACACUCCGACCUACACAAAAAGCAAUCCAAACUACACAUCCAUCUUGGAGUCCAAUAUAUAUAACCAAAGACCUUUAUCAUCAUCCACCAAUCUCAAACCCUUUCUUAUAAUUACACCCUUGCAAGAGUCCCAAGUUCAAGCAUCUGUAAUUUGUUCGAAGAAACAUGGAGUUCAACUUAAGGUUAGAAGCGGAGGUCAUGAUUACGAAGGUCUCUCUUAUGUCUCUGAUGUUCCAUUUGUAAUCGUUGAUAUGAUAAACCUCCGAGCCAUCAACGUAAAUGCAAAAGAUGGAACCGCAUGGGUUCAAUCAGGUGCAACGUUAGGCGAACUUUAUUAUAGGAUUGCAGAGAAAAAUCGAACCCUUGGUUUCCCUGCAGCUGUUUGCACGACGGUUGGUGUGGGUGGACAAUUCAGUGGAGGUGGGUAUGGUUCCUUAUUAAGAAAAUAUGGCGUUGCAGGUGAUAAUGUCAUCGAUGUUAGAAUAGUCGAUGCGCAUGGACAAAUUCUCAACAAAGACACCAUGGGCGAGGACUUGUUUUGGGCUAUUCGAGGAGGUGGAGGAGGAAGCUUUGGAGUAGUUCUUUCAUGGAAGAUCAAGUUGGUUCCUGUGCCACCUACUGUGACUAUGUUUACCAUCACCAAAACCUUAGAAGAAGGUGCAACUGGACUUGUUCACAAGUGGCAAGAAGUUGCACCAAAAUUUCCUAAUGAACUCUUCAUGAGAGUAAUCCUCACUUUGGGUACUUCUACUACUCAGAAAGGAAAGAAAACAAUCCAAGCAUCAUUCAACUCCAUGUACCUAGGAACUACUACCAAACUCCUACUUGUGAUGAAAGAGAGAUUUCCUGAGUUGGGUUUGACAAGUAAAGAUUGUACUGAGACGAGUUGGGUUCGAUCAACGCUAUAUUUCGGAAACUUUCCCGUGGACGGUCCUCUUAAUAACUUACUGAGCAGAAGCAAAGCAGCGAACACCUUCAAGGCAAAAUCCGAUUACGUAAGACGCCCCAUUUCCAAAAUUGGACUAGAGGGGUUAUGGAGAAGAGUUUUAACAAAAGAGAAUCCUGUCAUAAUAUUCACUCCUUAUGGUGGAAGAAUGAAUGAGAUUUCAGAAUCAGCAAUUCCAUUUCCUCAUAGAAAUGGAACUCUGUAUAUGAUCAUGUAUGUGGUGAUAUGGAACAAAGAAGAAGGGGUGGAAACAUCUAAAAAGUAUCUUACCUGGAUGAGGAAUCUAUACAGAUAUAUGGCUCCAUUUGUUUCAAAAUGUCCAAGAGAAGCUUAUGUCAAUUACAGAGACCUUGAUUUAGGUCAAAGCAAGAAUGGCACUGCAAGUUAUCUGUCAGGUAGAACUUGGGGUAAAAGGUACUUUAAGGGGAAUUAUAAAAGGUUGGUUCAAGUGAAAAGCAAGUUUGAUCCUGAAAAUUUCUUUAAACAUGAACAGAGUAUUCCUUCUAUUGCCUCGUAUAGAAGUACUUAUUGAAGCAUGCACUAGAGAUGCUAAUGUAUCGUAACCAAAUAAGUAAUAUUCUACUGUGAAAUCUGUCAAAACUCAAUGAUCAAAUAAUGAAGUUCUUGCUAAUUCAUGUA